AUGGAGUCUUCUGCCACUUUUAUCCACGAUAUAGAGAAAUUCGUCAAAGCGGGAGCGCUUCCGAAGCUCAUAGACCCACGAUUGCCUCCCGCUUUGAUGCAACAGUACUCGAUACCGCAGCUGAGAUUGUCUGAUCUAGAGUCGUCGCAGGCUAGCGAUGUUCCGCCACGCAAAAUAGUCAAUUUCAGCUACGAAGCUUCCAAAAUGACAGCCAACUCAUCUUGA